UGAAUCAGUUGACGUCGACGGUCCUUGGGAUAUGACAGUGCUUUUGUAGUGAGCGGCUAACUUUAGCUAAACCGCUAGCUUGACGUCAGGCGUUUAGAAAUACGUGGGCCGAAAGAAAGUAAUAAUUCCCAUGCCGAGGCGUUUUAUUUUUAUGGGGAGAAAGUUGUGUUUUUACUAGCCUUGUAUUUAUUUCGUUUACGCUGAUGUUUUUUGUGGUGUGCUAAUUUAACUUAAGCUAAAUGACUAGCUUGCGUGUCAUCAACUUUCGAUUCUCCUAACCAGACUUUUCCACAGGGAAAGAUACGUAGUGGGAACUGGUAGCUAGUUAAUUUAGCCGGAGAGUACAAGAACGUGCACGGAGAGCCUGCGAAAGUAGAGGGGAAAGUGCUAGCAUAGUGGAGCUAGCCACUUUGAAAUUAUGAAAAGGGUACAGUCUGACACUUUAGGUUUUGUUCCUCAAAAAGACAUCGUAUACAACAAACUCCUGCCGUACGCGGACAGGCUAGAUGACGAYUCCAACGAAAUAUUGAGCAAAAUCAAAGGAAACUUGGGCCGAGCUAUUCAGCUUAGAGAGAUAUGGCCCGGCGUCCUGUUUUGGACGAGGAAACUUUCAACGUACAUGAGGCUGUACGGACGGAAGUUCAGCAAAGAAGACCAUGUGCUGUUUAUCAAGUUGCUGUAUGAGCUAGUGACGACCCCCAGACUGGAGAUCAGCAUGAUGCAAGGGCUAGCUCGCCUACUUGUCAACCUCCUCAAGAAAAGAGAACUACUGUCGAGGGAGGACCUUGAGUUGCCUUGGAGACCCCUGUAUGAGCUACAUGACAGAGUUCUGUUCUCAAAAACGGAGCACCUGGGCCUCAACUGGUUUCCCAAUUCUCCAUGGCCUCGUUCUUCUUCUAAACUCAUAAUGUUAAAAUUGGUUCAGAGGUGCUCAGUGGAAAAUGUCUUGAAAACACUGGUGAAAAGCUGCAGACCAUACUUCUCAGAGACCGCUACUCAGGAGAUGUUGGAUGAGUGGAGACCACUUCUUUGUCCCUUUGACGUCACCAUGCAGAGAGCGAUCAGCUACUUUGAGCUUUUCUUGCCCACAACUCUGCCUCCUGAGCUGCAUCACAAGGGGUUUAAGUUGUGGUUUGAUGAGCUGAUCAACUUGUGGGUGUCUGUGCAAAACCUCCCAAGUUGGGAAGUUCACCUGGUUAAUCUUUUCGCUCGCUUGGCCAAUGACAACAUCGGCUACAUUGACUGGGACCCCUAUAUACCCAAGAUUUUCACAAGAAUUUUGAGAAGUUUGAAUCUUCCUGUAGGGACCGGUCAGAUGAUGGUACCACGAUACGUUACCAARGCCUAUGACAUCAGCCACGUGGUGCUUUGGGUGUCAUCCCUUCUGGGAGGACCCAGUAAGCAGACUCAAGCACAGCUCAGUGGCCUUUUUAACAGCAUCACGUCUUUCUUCCACCCAUCUAAUCAUGGCCGUUGGUUGAUGAAGCUCAUGAAGCUGCUUCAGCGUCUCCCUGCCAGCGUGGUCCGUCGGUUGCAUCGGGAGCGCUACAGAAAGCCGUCGUGGCUCACACCCAUUCCAGACAGUCACAAACUCACAGAGGAGGAUAUCACAGACUUUGUACAAAGUAUGAUGCAGCCGGUUCUUCUGGCCAUGUUCAGCAAGACGGGAAGUCUUGAUGCAGCCCAGGCUCUGCAAAACCUCGCUUUAAUGCGACCCGAGUUGGUCAUUCCUCCUGUGCUUGAGAAAACAUAUCCUGCUCUGGAGACCCUAACAGAACCCCACCAGCUGACGGCCACUCUGAGCUGUAUGAUUGGUGUAGCACGUAGCCUGGUUUCAGGUGGGCAGCACUAUCCUGAAGGACCCACUCACAUGCUGCCCUUGCUCAUGAGAGCUCUGCCGGGCGUGGACCCGAACGACUUCAGCAAGUGUAUGAUCACGUUCCAGUUUAUUGCUACAUUUGUGACUCUUGUGCCUUUGGUGGACUGUUCGUCUGCCCUACAUGAAAGAACGGAUUUGACAGAGGUGGAAAGAGAGAUGUGUUCUGCCUCGGCCGAGUUUGAAGACUUUGUGCUGCAGUUCAUGGACAGAUGCUUUGCUCUGAUCGACAGCAGCACUUUGGAACAAACCAGAGAAGAAACAGAAACUGAAAAAAUGACUCACGUCGAGAGUCUUGUAGAGCUUGGACUGUCCUCAACCUUCAGCACAAUCCUCACGCAGUGCUCCUUGGAUAUUUUCAGGGUGGCUUUGGAAAAGGUCUUCAACUUUGCAACCACCAACAUCUUUGAGACACGAGUAGCUGGGAGGAUGGUGGCCGACAUGUGUCGAGCCGCUGCCAAGUGUCACCCUGCAGAGUCGCUCAAGAUGUUCGUGCCACACUGCUGCAAUGCCAUAAACCAAAUCGCUGUCAAUGAGGAAGUGCUGAAUGAGGAAGAGCUUGAUAAGGAGUUUCUGUGGAAUCUACAACUUCUUUCUGAGGUAACUCGGGUGGACGGUGACAAGCUCUUGCCCUAUCGCUCGGACCUGGUCCAGAUUUUGCAGUUGACUCUUCACCUCAAGUGUAAGCAGGGCUAUAUUCUGGCCUGCAACCUGCUGCAUCACGUCCUUCGUGCCACUGCCCUCAUCUACCCCACAGAGUACUGCAGUGUGCCAGGGGGCUUCCACCAGCCAGUCAGUGACUACCUCCCCAUCAAGGACUGGGGCCGGCCUGGAGACUUGUGGAACUUGGAUAUCCAGUGGCAUGUCCCCAGUGUUGAGGAGACCUCAUUUGCUUUUUACUUGCUGGACAUAAUCCUCCAGCCUGAACUUCAGCGCCUUCAGAGAUUUGCAAAAGGAGAACAGGACAUGAGCAGAGAUGAUGUCCUGCAAAGCCUCACUAUUGUUCAGCACUGUCUCCUGGGAGCCGGGAGUUUGAUGCCUCCGCUGAAAGGGGAGCCCAUCACUGACCUAGUUCACAGCAUGGUGAAUCUGGAUGAGACCACCCUGUAUACAGGAAUGGAGUAUGAUAGGACCAGAGAGAACUACAGAGAUGCUAUUUGUAACGUGAUGAAACAGCUGCUGCAUUACAUUUUGGAGCAUUCUGAAGAUGACACCAAGUCUCUAUUCUCCAUCAUCAAGAUUAUCAGCGACCUUUUGCACUUCAAAGGUUCCCACAAGCACGAGUUUGACUCCCGCUGGAAGAGUUUCAACCUUGUAAAGAAAUCAAUGGAAAACAGACUUCACGGCAGAAAACAACACAUCAGAGCUCUUCUUAUUGACAGAGUCAUGCUUCAGCAUGAGCUGAGGAAACUGACUGUGGAAGGCUGUCAGUACAGGACCAUCCACCAGGAGCUGAUGAAAGACCUUUUGAGGCUUUCUACAAGCACAUACAGUCAAGUGCGCAGCAGAGCUCAGAAUGUAUUGUUCACUGCACUGGGAACCUACAAUUURUGCUGCAGAGAUCUGAUCCCCCUCGUCCUCGAGUUUCUCAACCCAGACAACAGCAGUGUCACUCAACAGCAGUUCAAAGGUGCUUUGUACUGUCUUCUCGGGAACCACAGUGGAGUGUGUCUAGCUAAUCUGCAUGACUGGGAGUGCAUUGCUCUGACGUGGCCUGCUGUUGUUCGCUCCGGCCUCAGCUCAGCCAUGUCACUCGAGAAGCCCUCCAUCGUGCGCCUUUUUGACGACCUCGCCGACAAAAUCCAUCGGCAAUAUGAGACCAUCGGCAUCGACUUCACUCUCUCUGGUGAGUGUUGUUCUGUGGCAAAACAGCUCAUGACUUCGGGAAAUCCUUUUCCUAAGGAGCCCGUGCCGUCUGGAGAAGAGUCGGACGCAGGUUUAAACCAUCAGAAGGGCAAAAACUCUGAAGCUGUUGAGAAAUACGAAGGUCUCAUUGGCGAUCUACUGGACUGCCUCAGCAACAGGAACAUGCCUUGGAAAUUCGAGCACAUCUCUAUCGGCUUCUUGUCUUUGCUGUUYAGAGACGACCACCAGCUGCCACCUCCAGCGAUUACAUUCUUUGUGGAAAGCCUCAACCACGAUUCCAUCUAUGUUCGCAAGGUGGCGAUAUCAGCUGUGGCCGGGAUCCUGAAACAAAUAAAAAGACCACAUAAGAAAGUCCCUGUUAGCUCUUCUGAGCUUUGRAAGCACUGUGAUGUGAUGGAGGAUAAGUUUGCGGUUGGGGACCGUCCAGACAACCAGUGGCUCCAGUAUAACAGCAACAAACUGCCACGCACACAGGGAGACUGGGAUAAGUGUAUGUUUGUGGAAAAGACACACUGGGGAUACUACUGCUGGCCAAGGAAACUGAUGAUGUAUGCACCUCAGGAGGAGCAGCCCCAACAGAACCUGAGCAGAGAGGAAAUGACAGAGCGGGAGCAGAUCAUCUUUGACCACUUCUCAGAUCCAGUUUUCAUCAACCAGUUUGUUGAGUUUCUCUCUCUGGAGGAUCGUAAGGGCAAGGACAAGUUCAGCCCUCGCAGAUUCUGUUUGUUCAAAGGACUGUUCCGUAAUUUCGGCAACGCCUUUCUGCCUGUGCUGGAGCCACACAUGGAGCGCCUGGUGGCAGAUUCUCACGAGAGCAAACAACGAUGCGUGGCUGAGAUCAUCUCUGGACUGAUACGAGGCUGCAAGCACUGGAGCUUCUCAGAGGUUGAAAGUCUUUGGGAGCUGCUGUGUCCUUUGCUUCGUACGGCCCUGUCAAACAUCACAAUAGAAACAUAUGCAGAUUGGGGCACCUGCAUUGCCACAGCCUGUGAGAGCAGAGAUCCACGUAAACUUCACCGACUGUUUGAGAUGCUGAUGGAAUCUCCUGUCAAUGGAGAGGGAGGCUCUUUUGUAGACGCCUGUCGCCUCUAUGUGCUGCAAGGUGGUCUAGCCCAGCAGGAGUGGCGUGUGUCAGAACUUCUGCACAGGCUGCUUCAGUACCUGGAGCCCAAACUCACACAAGUGUACAAAAAUGUUCGGGAGCGAAUCGGCAGCGUUCUCACAUACAUCUUCAUGAUUGACGUCAACUUGCCCCUCACGCAGCCAACCAGCUCCCCACGCAUCUCCGAUUUCACAGAGCGAAUUCUGUUAAAGCUGAAGCCCCUAACGGAGGGGGAUGAGGAAAUCCAGAACCAUGUGAUUGAGGAGAAUGAAGUUGGGGAGCAGGAUGAAAGAACACAAGCAAUAAAGUUACUCAAAACAGUGAUCAAAUGGCUGAUUGCGAGCGCUGGUCGCUCUUUCACCACCGCUGUCCCAGAACAGUUACGGCUGCUUCCCCUCCUCUUCAAGAUUGCUCCAGUUGAAAAUGAUGACAGUUAUGAUGAACUUAAGAGAGACGCAAAGACCUGUCUGUCUCUAAUGUCUCAGGGACUUCUUUACUCAGAUCAAAUCCCCAUGGUCCUCGAUGUCCUGAAAGAGAUUGCCGGCAGCAGCUCUUGGCAUGCCCGCUACACGGUGCUCACAUACCUGCAGAUCAUGGUUUUCUACAACUUGUUUACAUUCAUGAGCGACCAGAAAGCAGUGAAUGAUGUGCGGGCGCUCGUAAUAAAACUGCUGGAGGAUGAGCAGCUUGAGGUACGAGAGAUGGCCGCCACCACUCUCAGUGGCUUCCUCCAGUGCAAUUUCCUGUCCAUGGAUGCCCCCAUGCAGGGACAUUUUGAGGCUCUCUGCAAAACUCUUUUGCCUAAGAAGAGGAAACGAGAGCUUGGCUCUGUAGUGGACACCAUUCCCUCUGCUGACCUCGUGCGUCGCCAUGCUGGUGUUCUUGGUCUGAGCGCGUGUAUUCUCUCCAGUCCAUAUGAUGUUCCCACCUGGAUGCCCCAACUGUUGAUGGACUUGAGUGCCCACCUUAAUGACACACAACCCAUUGAAAUGACUGUAAAGAAAACUCUGUCAAACUUCAGACGGACUCAUCACGACAACUGGCAGCAGCACAAACAACAGUUCACUGACGAUCAGUUGUUGGUCCUCACUGACCUGCUGGUCUCCCCUUGUUACUAUGCCUAAAACCUGAUUUCAACAACUCAAGACUGCUUACACUGAACAGGCUAAUUCCUGACUGAAUUGAAAACACAGCAUCCUUGCAGAGCUGGGAGAAGAGAAAAGGCGUACCAUGGAACUGCAUCAUGGCUCUCAGAAGGAUUGAAACAUCCUGCAUUUGUGUAUUAAAGUCCUUUACUUUUCAACUAUUCUUAAUAUUUAAGGAUAAAUAAUGGCAGGGAUGAAUGACCUGCAGUUUGUACCAUUACUGUACAGAAGUUUAUUUAAAAAAAAUUUUUCUUUGUGGCUUGUUUGCCUGCAUGUACACAGGAAUGUGUGUGUGCGUGUUUCUAGGGUGCUUGAAGACAUCCGCUGGUCUAACAUUUCUCAGGAUUAAAUACGUUCUGAGCCAAUACAGUCGUCCGGUGCAGGACUCUUUACUCUCUUCAGGCAGUGAAGUGUUUGCUACAAGCCACACAAAAUCCACUAAUAUCCAAUGGUUUCAUUAGGUCAGACUGAAAUUUGCAACACACAAUGUUUGUGUGGUUAUUUGAUCUUGUUAUAUGCAUAAUGUGUGUAUGUGUCAUCUUAUAGCAAAUAUGCACAAACUCAUUUAUUUUCUUUUUCUUUUUGAAGUGCUGAGUUUUGAAUUUUUUCAUAGUUUGUCUAAAAAUCUAUAGAUGGCUGAGCUGUUUGCAACGGAGCCUGCUCUCAUCUUACGUUUGCAAAAGAAAGGGAGAGUUCAAGCUCCCCACUGCUGUGCUGUGUGGUGUGUUUGCUGUGAGGACCUGAGCGUAGUUGGAUCACAGUGUCAUGUGUCUCAGUGCAAGAAGAAAAAAAAAAGCCAAAUUGCCUGUCCUUAGUUGGACCUUUCCCCUCAGACAUUUGACCUUUUCCUGAGAACCUAAUGCGGUGACAUUAGGUGACUUUGGUUUGUUUUCCCCUGAUGACUUGAAACCAGUCUGAGCAUCAAAGCAUUUAGUACCUCACUUGCAUAUAGUGUAGUGCCAAAACUGCAGUGUUUUUUUUUUUUUAGAUUUUUCUGAGGUAAUAAAUUGUUUAUAACAAAGCCA